AUGGUUCCACACGUGCUUUCAGAAGAGGCUCCAAAGGGUCCAAAUGGUACUACUACCAGUGAAGUCAGUUUUGGAGGGUCGAGUGUUUCAAAAUUAAUCACUGCUAACCCAUUUGGAUUAACCACCGAUCCAAACCUUAUUAGAGGAACAACUUACACAUCAAGCGGCACACUCAUCAACCAGACCAUUUACGCUAUUGCAUCGAAAAUUUUUAGUUAUGAAACUGUUGGUGCAGAAAACUUGCUUGACUCAUAUAUUCAACUUUGGUUGCACAACCAACAAUCAAACGCUUUUGGUAUUGUUCCCUUUUACAAUAAGUUUGAAGUUAGGUCGGGUGCUUCAAAUGCAAUCUUGGGGUACUUCAAGAGGAACGGAACUCAUGGUCAACCAGUUUCAACCAUUGUAGGAGCCAGUGGUGUUGAUUACAUGAGAUCCUCAUUGUUGGGGCAAAAGGCGCCUUUGGCUUUGAAUGUUUCAGCAGUUGACUUUGUUGAAGAUGCAUUGGUUUCAAAUUACGGAAGGGUUGUGAAUGCUGCUAGAGAUUUAAACUUCCCUGUUUUCACUCCUACUGAAUCCGGUAAUGAGAACCAGCAUUUGGCCAUUUUAAACCAUUUUUAUGCUUUUGCAACUGGUAAGCCUUCGAUUUUCUUGUACGAGGGUGUUGAAGCUGCUAAAAGUUUUAAAAGAUUUGAAGACAUUUUGUCAGUUGAAGAGAUUGGACAAUUGUAUCAAAACUUGUUAGAUUCUGCUCCAUCAUCUGAUCUCAGUAUCGAUGCAGCUUUUGAAUUGUUGAACAAAUUUACUGGGAAAAAAUAUUCCCAAUUUGAGUAUUUGGGGGGAAAGAAUGCCAAGACUGUAUUUGUUGCUUACGGAACUCAUGUCAAUGAGCAAUGGAAAAACAUUGUCAAUGAAGACGUUGGAUUGGUGCAAGUCAGGGUUCCACUUCCAUUUAACCAGGCCAAGUUUUUGCUGGUUAUUCCUGAGGCAGCUGAGAAGUUGGUUAUCUUGACUUCUGGAAAUGACAAGUUAAAGGCCGAUAUUAGUGCUGCUUUGUUUUUUGGCAACAGGUACUACUCGCUUUCAAUUGAGGAGUUUAAACACCCAUUGGAUUUCAACUGGACUCCAAUCACCAUUGCCAAGACUAUCUCCAAGUUUGAUUCGCGUUUGAAAAUUGCAGACUUUUUGCCAUCGUACGACAACGAACCAAAGGAUCAAAUAAUUACUGCCAAUACUUCACCUGAAGGACAGUACUUGUUUUGGAGCAGAGAUGAUCGUAUUGUGGUUGAUACAGUUGACAAGUUGGCACUUUCCUUGUCUUUGGAUGACUCCAAGAAUGUUGCUAUUAGAAACAAGUACGACAACUCAAAGUCAGGUGGUGUAUUCUUUUCCCAAAUUACUUCAACCACUGGAGCAUACAGCAACAUCGAUGCGGCAGAUGUUGUCGUUAUUGAGGAUUUGUCCUUGUUGAACGGCUACGACAUCUUAGCAACGGCUAAACCUGGAGCCACUAUCAUCUUCAUUAAUCAAAAACAACUGAUUGAUGUUGAGAAAUUGCCACUUGAAUUUAAAAAAUCAUUGGCCUUGAAUGAUAACAAGCUUGUUGCAGUUGAUUUCACAAUUGUUGAUGCUUUAGAUGAAACCAACAACGGAACCAAAGGUUUGACCGCGGAACUUUUGUUGCAGUUGGCGUUUUGGAGAGCAACUUUACCAGAGUUAGGAGACUACAUUGUAAACAAGUUGUUGCAAGCCAAUGGUGGAUCGUUUGAGUUAUUGGCCACCGUCUUGGAUAAUUUUAUCAAGGCAGCCGAUUUGAAGAACGCCAUUGUCAAUCUUGAAGUAUUGCCCGAGUGGCUUGAUUUGAAGGAGGAAGCUGCUCAACUGGAUGAGAAAGAACAGAAGGAAGAUGCAUCUACUGAAAAAAAGAAAGAAGAAGCUUCUAGCAAUGCUGAAAAAUCAGAGGAAAAACGAGCAGAACCUCUCCCAUUCUUUGUCACCGAGACAUCUGUUUUUGCUAACCCAAGGGUACCGCUUGAGAAACCGGAAGAAGUUCACAACACUUUCCACAAACACAUUGCACAAAAAGUAGUGUUCCCUGAAGCAUUCAAUCUCAAGAAGGAUUUGAGACCAGACUUGCCUGUGAAGAACUUUGUGGUCAAGGUUCAGGAAAAUAAGAGACUAACUCCUGUUGAAUAUUCAAGAAACAUCUUCCACAUUGAAUUUGAUAUCACUGGAACCGGCUUGAAGUACGAGAUUGGAGAGGCGUUGGGAAUUCACGGAAGAAACAACUCGGAACAAGUUGAAGCUUUCCUCAAGUUCUACAAUGUUGAUGGUGACUCCUUGGUUGAAAUCACCCAUAAAGAGGAUCCAGGUUUGGUGGAGAUUAGAUCAGCAAGACAGAUUUUGAGUGAGUCGAUUGAUUUUUUGGGUAAGCCACCAAAGAGAUUUUACGAGGCGUUGGCUGAAUUUGCAUCUGAGCCUAAGGAGAAGGAACACUUGACCAAGUUGGCAAGUGCAGAAGGAGCCGAGGAGUUGAAAAAGAGACAAGAUGUGAACUUUGAUUCGUACUUUGACAUUUUGGAAGAGUUCAAAUCCGCAAGACCCAAAUUUGCUGAUUUGGUGAAGAUUAUUGCGCCAUUAAAGAGAAGAGAAUAUUCCAUCGCAUCUUCACAAAAGAUUCAUCCUAACUCAGUACAUUUGCUCGUUGUUGUCGUUGAUUGGAUUGAUCCUAAAGGGAGAUUGAGAUAUGGUCACUGUUCGAAAUACUUGUCCGACUUGAAAGUUGGUGAUGAAUUAGUUGUCAGUGUCAAGCCUUCAGUAAUGAAGUUGCCUCCAUUGACAACACAGCCAAUUGUCAUGUCUGGUUUGGGUACCGGUUUAGCUCCAUUCAAGGCUUUUAUUGAAGAGAAGAUUUGGCAACAACAGCAAGGACAUGAAAUUGGUGAAAUUUAUCUUUACAUGGGAUCAAGACACAAGAAGGAGGAGUAUCUUUAUGGUGAACUUUGGGAGGCUUAUAGAGAUGCGGGUUUGUUGACUCACAUUGGUGCUGCAUUCUCCAGAGAUCAGCCUCAAAAGAUUUACAUCCAGGACAAAAUUAGAGAAUCUAUCAAUGACUUGACUGAUGCUAUUGUCAACAAGAACGGGUCAUUUUACUUGUGUGGUCCUACCUGGCCUGUUCCUGAUAUCACUGCAUGCUUGGAGGAUAUUGUUUCGAAUGGUGCAAAACUCAAGGGCGAGGACUUGAAAGAUGUUGCCAAAGUCGUUGAGGACAUGAAAGAAGAUGGAAGAUACAUUUUAGAGGUCUAUUAG